CGGGGGCGGGUGGGCGCCGCCAUUUUGCAGGAAGAGGCGUGUCCGGGCCUGUCAGCGAGGGGAGAGCAGCGUCUGCCAUGGCCAAUGUGCUCUGUAACAGAGCAAGAUUGGUCACCUACCUGCCAGGCUUUUCUUCCUUGCUCAGAAGAAUUGGGAAUGCCAAAAGUUUUUCCACUGCAGGAUCCUCUGGCUCAGAUGAGCCUCACGUGGCUGCUUCACCUCCUGAUUUAUCUCCCAGGACGGUGUGGCCGGACGAGCUGAUGGGGCCCUUUGGGCCGCAGGACCAGCGGUUCCAGCUGCCCGGGAACAUCGGCUUCGGCUGCCACCUGCAGGGCACGGCCCCCCCCCAGAGCCCCCCGAGCCUGCCCGACCUCCUGGCCGAGCCCUCGGCCACCGACAGGCACCAGUUUGUCAUGGCACAGUGCCUCAACGAGUUCCAGGGUUCUGAUGCCCCCCAGAAGCAGCAGAUCAGCCCUGCUCAGACCUACUUUGAACAUGCCAAGGUGGAGUGUGCAGUGCAGGCGUGUCCUGAGCUGCUGAGGAAAGAAUUCCAGCCGCUGUUCCCAGAGGUGAACUCCCGGUGCCUGACGGUGCUGACGGUGACGCAGCGGAGCCGCCAGGACAUGAGCGUGUGGAGCCACGAGGUGGAGCAGGAGAGGGAGCAGCUCCUGGAGAACUUCAUCAAUGGUGCCAAGGAAAUCUGCUAUGCAAUUUCUUCUGAGGGCUACUGGGCUGAUUUCAUUGAUCCAUCCUCAGGACUGGCAUUCUUUGGGCCUUACACCAACAGCCCCUUGCUGGAGACCGACGAGCGCUACCGGCACUUGGGGUUUUCCGUGGAGGACCUGGGCUGCUGCAAAGUGAUCAGGCACAACCUUUGGGGCACCCACGUGCUGGUGGGCAGCAUUUUCACCAACGCUGAGCCCGACAGCCCCAUCAUGAGGAAACUCAGUGGCAACUGAGCCCUCCAGCUGCCUUGGGACGGCUUGGGAGUCCUUGGGGUGAUCCCGCCAGGAAUUCCUCGCUGCCGAGCGUCCUUAGAGAAUAAAAGUAGCUGUUAUUUAUUUCUAGGCUUCUGGGAAUGUGUGUUCUCCACAUGUGGCUUGGCAGCAUUGAGAAGCAGAGGGAUUAUCAUUUCCUUUUUAAAUUUUCCGUUUUCUCUUACCUCGACCGUUCUGUCUUUCGUUGGUCGAUUCAGUGUUCAGAAUCCUCUGGAAAUGCCACUGAAAUUUCCAACAAAUCUGCCAUUCCUGAAAUUAGGAACUGGCCAAAAAUAUGGAAUGAGUCAUAAAAUUGUUCUCCCAGAGUACAGAACUUAAUAAAAUCUGGACUAAUCACUCAUUUGCUGUUGGAAAAUGAGAAUGAGGUCAACUUUCAGUGGUCUCCAACUCAUCCAGAGACUCCAUAAAAAGUCCUUAAUUACCCUGGAAUUACUCAUCUCUUACUGUUUUUUGUCUUCAUGGUGCUUGGGAUUUAUUUUCUCAGUGUUAGCUAAAUAUAUUUAAUUAGUUUAUAUACCUAAAUGUAAUUUAAAGUUGCUUUUGUAACUUUCUUAGGUCAUUAAAUACCAAAAAAAAAAAGAGAGAUAAUAGGGCACUGCUUGGAUCUCAUCAUUGUUUUCCUGGACUUGGAUGCAAUCUAGACUUGCCUCUGGAAUUUGGAAAUGCAAUUAGGAUCAAUUAUUGCAAUUAAAAGAUGUUUCAACAGGAAGGUUCCGGUCUCACACAAACAACCAGAUCAGUGGGGGAACAACAGGGCAGGAAUUCCAGGGCACCUGAAACACCUGGGAUUUCAGUGCCUGGCAAUAAAUAAUAAAUAAUAAAUAAUAAAGCAGGUUUGGAGCUCCUGUUUUCCAUGGAGCUGUGACAACCCUUCAGGCUUUGUUCCCUGGCAGUGUGUGCUUUGUUCCCUGAGGCUCCGGGGAUUCUCCCAGUGUUACCCAACCCCACGGAUUCCAAAGCUGUCCCAGGCUCUCCUGUUCCCUCCUCAGCCUCUAAGCCAGGCCCAGCAGAGAUUCCUGGUUUAGGAGCAGCUCCUUGCCCAAGUGCCUCUCUCUGUCCUCGUCACCGCUGCGCUUCAUGGCUUGGCUGCAGCACGGAGCUGGGAGCCAGGGACACUUCCCAAAGUUCCCAAUUCCCUCCCCAAGCAGCAAUUCCCGAACUCUCCUGCUCCCCUGCAGUGCUGGCUCUGGAUUUUAGAGCAGCACUGAUCCCUUUGUCAGUUCCCAAAUUCUCCUGCUCCCCUGCAGUGCUGGCUCUGGAUUUUAGAGCAGCACUGAUCCCUUUGUCAAUUCCCAAAUUCUCCUGCUCCCCUGCAGUGCUGGCUCUGGAUUUUAGAGCAGCACUGAUCCCUUUGUCAGUUCCCAAAUUCUCCUGUGCCCCUGCAGUGCUGGCUCUGGAUUUUAGAGCAGCACUGAUCCCUUUGUCAAUUCCCAAAUUCUCCUGCUCCCCUGCAGUGCUGGCUCUGGAUUUUAGAGCAGCACUGAUCCCUUUGUCAGUUCCCAAAUUCUCCUGCUCCCCUGGAGUGCUGGCUCUGGAUUUUAGAGCAGCACUGAUCCCUUUGUCAUGGAAUUUGUGCUGUGACUCCAAAACCCAUCCCUGACCUCUGCUGUCCAUAAAAUCUCUGUUACUCCAAAGAUUUUAUUCCUGUUUUUUUUUUUUUUUUUCCUCCUUCUCAUCAAGAGGAUUAAAGUUGUUGAGAACUGCA